GAGGAAUCCUGGGAACAGUCAUUUGCUCAAAACACCAAAUCAGAAUUGGAAGACCAGUUGAUGGAUGAAAUAAAUUCAGAGACUAAUGCGUCAAAUGCAGAAAUAAUUGCAGUGUCUAAAACGGAACUUGAGUUCCACAACUUAAAUGAACAGGCUAGAAGUGCUGAAUGUGUUGCAACUGAGACGGCAAACAUUCUAGAGGAUGAAUCCCACUCUGAAAGUAAAAGAUGUGCCUCAACAGCUGGCAGUGACCCAAACUCUGUACCUGUGACUACUGCUGAACAAAGCAGUGAUGUGGGGAAGAAUGACAGUAAUGAAGCAAGACAGGAGGAAUGCAAAACAGAGAUGAAAAAACAAGAAACUGACACAACUUUGGCACAAGAAACCCAUAUCAAAUUGGACUCCACACAGCAAGUGCAGCUGGAACAAGCAACUGAAGAAAAUGACCUUAGUAUAAAACAUGAUUAUUCUGGCAGCUCUUUAGUAUCAGCAGUUGGAGCAGAAACCAGUCCCCAGCUACUAAAGCUUGGAGACUUAGGUGAUAAUAGCCUAAGGGCAAACAAUUCUCCAUUCAUAUGCAAUGAUGGCAAAGAACUUUUGGAAACUCAUCCCAAAGAGACUGUGGAAAAUCCACAGAUGGUGGACAUUUUAAUAAUAUCUCCCAAAGUUCAGUCAAAAGAAAGCUCAAAGCCCUUUGGCACUGUCUGCAAGGCAAGUGAAGACGAACAGUAUGUUUCAAACCCAGAAGAUAAAGACCUGGAUCACGGUGGUCUUCAAACAGUAGAGAGUUUUCAGGGACAGCUCUCUAACCAGACAUCUCCUGAAAGGGUACACCCACUGGAAUUAAAUCAUUUCAGUAACCAUGGGGAGCUUGAUAAAAGUGAACUACAACAAACUGAAGACAAUCUACACAAACUCCAAAUAGUACUUGGUGGGCCAGAGACAAAAUCAACUAAUUUAUCAAACGACAAUGCAUCUUUAACACCUAUUUCUGAAUUUCUGGGAAACGCCUCACAAAACAACAACCUGCCAAAUGUAAUAAACUCACCAGAGGAAGAAAGUUGUCUUAGCAAAGAAACCUUAAACAAUGUAAAGCAAGACAUUUCUAAUUCUCUGCUUUCAGAUGGUGUUUUUGAAGGAGUAAACCAGAAUGGUGCAUUUGCUGAAAAAACUAUUACAGUUAAACAGUUGGAUGGCUUAGAUGAGCUUUCAGAUAGCAAAUGCACAAGCAAUAUGGACAUUACAGAGUUUAUUCCAGUGACACAGAAAACUGAACAGGCACAAACCCUGCAGGAGAGUUUAACCUGUGUAGGUGAACAUUCUAAGGACAAUGGGACUGAUGUUAAUUUACCAAGCAAAGAAGCAGAAUUGGAUGAACAAAGUUUACAUGCAGAGAUAGAAGAACACCUGAGUUUAGCAAAUGAGACUAUUCAGAAAGAUGAACAAGUAACUUGCAAAGGGGACUUAGCUUUCCUGCCUUCUGAAAACACAGGAAUGGAUGAACAUCUUCCUGGAUUACCUAAUAGCCCAGAAGUUCCUUUGAGUGAUGCUUGGCAUAAAACCUGUCCCAUUGAAAAGACUGACAUCCUAUCUGUUAGCUCUCAAGCAAAACCAACACCUCUUUCAACAUCGGCAUUUCUACAUAACGGGCCCAGCCAAGUAAGCUGCCAGCCUACAGACUUUAUGUAUCAUGGCCCUAAAGGUGAAUUUCAAAAAAGUGAGCCAGAAGCUGUGGCAUGUCAAGAUGUCUUUGACACCACUCCCAGUCUCCAGACUGCGGCUGCUACACCCAUUGACUUAGAUGAUGCUUUUGUAGAGAACAGCACAACCGAUCAAAGGAAACCAGAAGUAAUGAAUUUAGAAGAUAUUCCUUCUGAAGCUGUCCCAGGAAAAGAAUCUUACAUUCCAGGCCAAGAGUUCCUUUCAGAAGAGCGUGUUUUAACCUUGCAGGAUGUUUCUGAGAUCAGGCAAUCGGAAAGAAAUUUGUCGCCAUUUAAUUUCAAGAAGUUGCAGGAUGAGAUCUCGACAAUUAAGCUAAAAGGGGAUAAAAGUGAUGUAAAAGCCCAGCAGCUUAACAGCUCAGCAGAAUCUCUGCUCAGCCUUUCAAGUUUAGAAAGGAAGCUUUUGGACUUUUCUACGCUUGAUGAGCAAGCAAAUUGUAAAGAGGACACUGCAACAAAUAUAAGUUGUGAAGAUAACAAGCACCGUAAGAUCGAAGAAGAAAGCAAAUGUAACUUGAUAGAGAAAUUCAACCUUCCCAAGAUGGAAGGAAAUGUUCCCAGGCAGCCUGCAGCAAUAUCUGAAAAAGAACCAGAAAUUUCAUCUUCCAGGGCAUUCAGCAUUGGCUUUUUUGAUUUCAGAAAACACAUUAGCAAAAUAUUUGAACAGGUAGCACCAAAUGUUGUGCCUGCCAACUUGCCUAACCUUGCCACUGAACAGAGUCCAAGUGAGGAGAUCAGUCCAGAGGGUAAAGAAACAAAGGUUAAGCAAGGUCUGGAAGAAGGUGAAAACAGCAGUGGAGAUGGAGAUCCAGAAAAUGCCUGGAAAACAAACCAGUGCACGUUGCCUUUGGAGACCGAAGUCUGUAAUAAAGCCACUAAAGAGAAAAUAGCACAGGAACAAGAACACACAGGAAUGCUGGCAAACAGUCAGAAGUAUGAUUUGCCAAGUGCCUUUUCAGAAAAGAUCCCUAUCAACAAACAUUGCUUAAACGAAAACUGUCUUACAACUUUCCCCAAGUUAGUUAAGGUGGAUGGCUUAUGCAGUCAUGAAAUAAAUGCAGAGAUUAAUGAUCACCUUUGCUCUUUAAGCAGUGAUACUGCUGAAAACCAAGUUUGCACAGAAAAAGUAGAGUUUCUGUCUAGAAGUUCUGGAAACCAAGAAAUGGAGAAUCUGCCAUCUUCUCCUAAAAACGAAGAGCCUUUAAUAAUUCCUGCCUCUACAGGAGUUGUUCCAGAUUUUGAUGCCACAUCUGCUGCUGAAGUAAAAGAAGAUAAUUUAAUUAGUCUGUGUAACUUUGAAACAGAUGAACCUAAAGAAAAGUUAAUGUAUGAUGGAAAUAAAAACACCGACAAGGGAAAUGGUGACAAUAGCACUGACUCAAUAUUGCCAUUUCUUAUAGAUGAUCUUGAUGCUCAUAAAGACCAAACAGAUCAGUCCAGGAUAUUGUGUGGUGAAAAUCCUAAUUUUUCCAAUGAACAUACAUUACAAAACAAAGCUGUUACAGUUCUGGAUACCAUAGAUAGCAAUAACUGGUUGCAAAAGUCCAUAGAAGAAGAGGACACAGCAGCACAUGAGUUAAUUACUUAUUUAAAAAAUGAAGUAAGUCCUCCUCAUUCACCAGAUGAGUCCAAAUUGGGAUCCAGCAGUGUUCAAGAGAGUUGUGUAGAAAAAGCAAAUGACAUCAAUUUGAACACGCCAGAAGGACCAGGUUUUUCUACUGAUAUUCCUAAAGCAGAUACUACAAUCAUGCUAAUUACCAACAACUGUGAAGCAGGUUUGCAAGCCAGCAGAGACAUUCAAAGUCCUGAUGUAAAGAGGCAUUCAGAAACACUUCUAGGGAUGGAACAAACUCUAUGUACAGAUGUGGAAAUGGCUUCUUUAAAUCAAGCCAAAGAAGAACCUGCAAGUUUUCAAGAUAGCCAGAAAAUAAUACCAACUACUUCACAUUCUGAAUUGGAGCAAAGCUUUCCUGGUUUGCUUGAAAACAUGACAACGGAAGAAUUACCCCCUGAAAGUUCUUAUGUUCCUGAUGUUUCCAUUAAAUUGGAGCCUGAUGUGGAUUCUUUCAAAAAACCACUGACCACAGUCCUCUGUGAUGCUGCUACUCUUGAUGCUACUGAGCUGAUCACAGCAAGUAUUUCCCAGCUUUGUGAUAGCCAGCGGACUGAUAGCACAGUUGCAUCUCUUCCUGACUUUGGAUCAUUGGCUCCUGAAAUCCCUACUGAGAUAAAGCAGUCUGACCAAGAGACUGGAAAACCCAUAUCUGAAACCAAGAGGAGUUCAGACUCUGAAGAAGCAUUUGAAACACCAGAAUCCACAACUCCUGUAAAGGCUGCACCUCCGCUACCACAACUACCGCCUGAAAUUGUAGCAUUCGACAUAGAGGAACAAGAAAUAACACCUCAGCUUCCAGCAGAAGACCCAGGUUACAGUCCCAGCACACCUGACAAAGGUCAAGAGAGCACUGAGCCUCCAAGUUUUUCUUCUGAAACAGUAACAGUAGCUGAUGUCCCUCAUUGUGAACCAGUUGAAGAAACUCCACUGCCCCCUCCGUCCCAUUCAUUUUCUACAGUUUUUGAUGAAGACAAGCCAAUUGCUAGCAGUGGGACUUACAACCUAGACUUCGAUAGCAUUGAAGUUGUAGAUUCCUCACAAGCUGUGGAUCCAAGCUCCCUGGACAUAAAAAGUCGGGAUUCCAAGUCACAUGUUAGAAGAAAAUCCACAGAUUCUGUUCCAGUUUCUAGAUCUACAUUAUCUCGUUCCCUUAGUUUGCAAGCUGGAGAAUUUGAUGGAGCCUCUUUUCCUGGGACUAACGAGACAGCAGGUUCUGCAACAGAUACUUUUAGUGCUGGUUCAAGCAGUGCUUCUAGUACUCUUAAGCGCACAAAAAAACCUAGGCCAGCUUCCUUAAAGAAAAAACAAUUAGCAAAAAAAUCCUUGGAUGUUUCUCCAGUAGAAGAACCAGGAAUAUCAGACCUCAAGCAAGAUUCUGCUGCCUCAAGUGACGAAAAAGUUUCUGAAGAAACUUUGGAGCCCACUGAACCUGACUGUAUCAACCAACAGCACCAAAGCACUGUCAAUAAAGACGAGUCCACUCCUGUACUAGAGACAUUGAGUCCAUUUGAUCCAAACAACUCAGAAGAAAUUCCUGUAUCAGGAGAUAGCAAAGUACAGAACUCUCCACUUGCCAACAAGAAAACUAUAUCUCUUACCACAACACCAGAAGCUGUGGAGGUGACACCAUCAGACACUGGGGGACAAGAAGAUCCUCCAGUGAAAAGCUUAGCAGUCAGAUUGGAAUUUGAUUACUCUGAGGAAAAAGGAAGUGGUGAGGAACAGACAGAGAGUUCUUUUCUGCCCAAAAAAGUGGGGAAAAAGCCUGGGGCCAAAAUGCCUCUCAGAAGGCCAAAGACUAAAAAGACUGGAGAGAAACUUGACAAUACUCCCACAAGCCCAACCAAGACUCCUUCUGAACCCAGUGAGAUUCCUGCCUCCAAGGGCUCAUAUACUUUUGAUAUUGACAAAUGGGAUGACCCCAACUUCAAUCCUUUCUCUUCCACUUGCAAAAUGCAAGACUCUCCAAAACUUCCUCAGCAAACCACCACAACUUACAGUUUUGAUCCAGAAAUCUCUGAGGAUUCUCUCGAUCCAUUCAAGCCUUCCCCAAAAGUUGCCAGUACUCCCACACAACCUCCAGCAUCCUUUGAAAUUUCAGCUAAUGUCAAUGAAAUUAAUGGAUCAGAAGGAGAUGGCCUAAAUAAACCUGCAAAAAAGAAGAAGACUCCACUCAAAACUGACACUUUUAGGGUGAAAAAGUCACCAAAAAGAUCUCCAUUGUCUGAUGCACCUUCACAGGAAUCUACGGCACUGCCUACUACUGAAACGCCGUCUGUUGUAUCCACUGUGGUACAUGCAACAGAUGAGGAAAAACUGGCAUCUUCUGUGGGUAAUCAGAAAUGGACUUGUAUGACAGUGGAUCUCGAUAAUGAUAAACAGGAUUAUCCUCAGCCAUCAGAUCUCUCAUCAUUUGUAAAUGAAACAAAGUUCAGCUCCCCUACAGAAGAGCUGGAAUAUGGCAACACAUAUGAAAUAGAAUACAUGGAAAAAAUUGGUUCUUCCAUAGCUGAUGAUGAUGGCCAGACAAAGCAAUCUUUGUACCUUAUGUUCAAUGCUCAGCAAGAGAGUCCAAUCAAGUCUCCUCCAGCCCGUUUAUCAGAUUCUACAACUCCUUGUUCUGGGUCAAGUCUGGAAGAAACAGAAAGCCAGCUUUCCUGCAGCAUAAAACUACAGCACCCAGCUUCACGAUCCCUGGUAGCUAAUCAAGAAUCAUCAGUACAGUCCUCUGAUAAAACAAAAGAACUGGAAUCUGUAUCCAUAGGAAGUGCUUCAGACAACAUAAUCAGUCCUGAAGAUCCCUACGUUUCCGCUGAUGCUCUCCUUAGUAGAAUAUCUCAUCCGCCUUCAGUAUGUGAUCAGCUUCAGUAUCUGGAGCCUGACUUAGCGGAAAAGAAUCCCCCAGUAUUUGCUCAGAAACUUCAGGAGGAAUUAGAAUUUGCUGCAAUGAGGAUAGAAGCCCUGAAGCUAGCCAGACAAAUUACCUUGUCUUCUUUCAACUCCUUAGAUACUGAGAGAGACCCUGCAGUUGACACUUCAAUCUCGAAAAGUGCAUUGUACUCCCGGAUAAGCAGCUCAGAGGGAGAAAAUGCCUCCACUUUGCUUUAUAAGCAGCAAGACCUGGAUACCGCCUUAAGAGUUACCAGGGAAGAGAUAGUUGCAAAGGAAAGGAUGAUUUCAGAAUGGAAAGAGAAAUAUGAAGAAAGUAGGAGGGAAGUUAUGGAAAUGAGGAAAAUUGUUUCAGAGUAUGAGAAGACAAUUGCUCAAAUGAUAGAAGAUGAGCAGAGAGAAAAAUCCAUGUCCCAUCACACUGUCCAGCAACUUAUUAUGGAAAAAGAGCAAGCGUUGGCUGACCUGAACUCUGUGGAAAAAUCUCUAGCAGAUCUUUUCAGAAGAUAUGAAAAAAUGAAAGAAGUUCUUGAAGGAUUUAGGAAGAAUGAAGAAGUGUUAAAGAAAUGCGCACAAGAAUAUUUAUCACGAGUUAAAAAAGAAGAGCAGAGAUAUCAAGCCCUCAAGGUUCAUGCAGAGGAAAAACUGGACAGAGCCAAUGCUGAAAUUGCACAAGUUCGGGGAAAGGCUCAGCAAGAACAAGCAGCUUACCAAGCCAGCCUUCGUAAAGAGCAAUUAAAAGUGGAUGCAUUGGAAAGAACACUGGAACAAAAGAAUAAAGAAAUAGAAGAGUUGACGAAGAUUUGUGAUGAACUGAUUGCCAAAAUGGGGAAAAGCUAACUUUUAACCAAAACCCUAAAUUACAAUCUUGAGUGCAAUAUGACCAUUGGCACAGUGAUAUCCAGGCAGAGAUGUGAACGGAUUCUAUUUUCACUUUUUGUAUGCACUACUGUAUUUUUUCUUAAUAAUGUUGAUUUGAUUGUAUGCAGUACAAAGACUAUCAGAAAUCCUUGCUAUUGUCUGCAAUUCUUUCCUUUGUAUAAUUCAUAGCAAGUUGAUCUCAAAAGUUCCUGUAUCAGGGAGAUUUGUCGAGUUCUUUAAUAAAUUACAGUUGCUCAUCCUAGCCUUCCCUUUGUACAUGAGUUCCCAUGUUGGAUGUCUUUUUUGGAUUUAAUAUAAAUGUGUAUUACAUGCAUGGGGACUCUUGCCUUAAGGAGUGUAAAUUUGAUCUGCAUUUUCUGAUUUGUAAAAUAAAAUGGAAACUUGAAAAAUUAA